AUGGCCACUCCCAACGGCGAUGCAGUUGCGGCUGCGGCCGCCGAGCUCGACAAGCUCAAGCCACCACCAGGCAUCGUCGUUCCUCCACCUGGCGAGAUUCGUGAAGCCAUUGAGAAGACUGCUGGCUUCGUAGCCCGACGUGGAGUAAGUUUCGAGGAACGAAUCCGCGAGAGCCAUGGAGCCAACCCCAAAUUUAGCUUCUUGAAUGGCCAAGCCGACCCCUAUAACGCCUGGUACGAGUGGCGCAAGGAACAGUACAAAGCUGGCAACGUCACGGCCCACGCCGCCGGUCGCGUCGGUGAGGACCUUGCGACACCUGCCAAGGCGGAACCCAAGGGGCCACCAAAACCGCCCGACUUCCAGUUCUCUGCCCGCAUGCCGCGCAUCAAUCAGAAGGACUUGGAAAUUCUCCGAUUGACGGCCCUCUUCGUCGCCAGGAAUGGGCGCCAGUUCAUGACGACCUUGGCACAGCGCGAAGGCGGCAAUCCGCAAUUCCAGUUCUUGAUCCAGAACCACACUUUCCACAACUACUUCCAGCACAUGAUCGACCAGUACUCAAUAUUUCUUCGGGAGGGUGGCAGUACUGGCGAGGGCACAAAGGCUCAACAGGAGCGCAUGGAGGAACUGCAGCGGACCGUCGAUGACAAGUACCAUGUGCUUGCGAGGGCCCGGCAGAGGGCAGAGUGGGCGAAGUAUCAGGAAGCCGAGAGGAUAAGGAAAGAGGAGGAAGAGGAGGAGGAGAAGCUCGAGUUUGCCCGAAUCGACUGGAACGACUUCGUGGUCGUCGAAACCAUUGUUUUCACCGAGUCCGACGACCAGGCCAACCUCCCUCCUCCCACUUCGCUGAACGAUCUACAGUAUGCCUCAUUGGAGGAGAAGAACAACGUUGCUAUCAGCUCCAACCUCCGCCUUGAGGAGGCCUUCCCCUUCGACGACCACACUUUCACGCCCGCAGCCCAGCAAACACUGCCUGUCCACCCCUCCCCAGCGGCUCAGGCGACACCCACACAGUUUCAAUCUCCUAUGCACCCGCCCUCUCCUGCCGUGCGUGCCAGAUCUGCACAGGAGGAGGAAGAAGCUCAAAGGAUCCAGGAGCGGGAGCAAGCACGGGCCCGCAUGCAACAAGCUCAAGCAGAAGCCAGGGGAGGCCCUGCCCAGGUCAAAAUCAGAGAGACACCUGUUCCCAGAGCUGCGGCACGGAACGCAAACAAAGUGGGAGCACAAAUGGCAAUUUGCCCGAAUUGCAAGCAGCAGAUACCACUCAACGAGCUGCAAGAGCACAUGCGCAUCGAGCUCCUGGACCCACGGUGGAAGGAGCAGAAAGCCAAGGCGGAUUCGCGCUAUGCUACAACAAAUCUAUCCACGGUGGACGUGGCCAACAACCUCAAGCGGCUGGCAAGUCAGCGCAGUGAUGUCUUCGAUGGCGUGACUGGACUGCCAGUCUCUGAAGAAGAGGCAGCCCGGCGGAAGAAGGUCGCAGUCAACGCUUUUGAUGGCAAUCCUGAUGGGAAGAGCCAGGCUCACAUGAACCACCUGCAGUCAGUCAACGUGGAGGAGCAGAUCAGGGCCAUCCACCAGAAAUUCGCAGGGGAGAAGAGAUGA